AUGCUAAAAACUAAUAAACAAUCGUCGGCAAAUCUAUUUUCAAAUAGCCAUAAGUCAAUACAAGUUGCAUCAAGUUCAGCUGAUUUAAUCGGAAAUCGUCAUAAGAAUCUAUAUGUGCAACUUCUUGAACAUCUUCGUCAAGGUGAAAAAUCAAAGCUUUCAAAGUUCGAUACAAAACUCGGCCGGAAAUCAUCGGAUAUUAAUGCUAAUACUAAUAAUUCUAUACAAAAACUACUUUCGUUUCUUCGUACUCUCGAUAGUACUAGUGAUGAUCAGCAAAAUUCGAGUAAAUUCGAUGAAAGCACAUUAUUAGAUCUUUUCUCUGUCGAUCAUCAUCUAUCAUCUUCUACAUAUGUACCAAUAAAUAUUCACCAACUCCAUAGAAUACCAAAAACAAUUCGUAAUUCAUUAAAACGUACUUCAGAUGGCGAACAAAUGCUUGGCAAAAUUCAAGCUGAUAUUUCAUCAAGUACAAAACCAGGAUCGAACUCGAAGGGAUUUAAAAAUUCAAAAACGCUAUUCAAUUUUAACAAACCGAAAGUCGAUUCACAUGAAGGCGCUGAUGCAUCGGCUUUCGACAAACAAAACAAUGAAUUAGUAAAGCUAUUUAUACAUGAUAUGACUGAAUGA